AUGGAUGUGAAACACAAAGAGUUUGAGAAGGCCGGACAGAAAGGUGGACUCCAGAUCUGGAGGAUUGAGAAUCUGAAGUUGGUGCCGGUCCCUGUGGAGCAGUACGGGAACUUCUACAUCGGAGACGCCUAUAUAAUCCUCCAUACUAAGGAGAUGCCCCUGUUCAAGGUUUACAAUCUGCAUUUUUGGCUCGGAAGUGAAUGCACCCAGGAUGAGAGCACAGCCGCGGCCAUAUUUACUGUACAGAUGGACGACCACCUCGGUGGAGCAGCCGUACAGUACCGGGAGCUCCAAGGGUUUGAGAGCAACACAUUUCUAGGUCAUUUUAAAGCCGGCAUCAAGUAUCAGGCUGGUGGAGUGGCCUCUGGUUUUACACAUGCAGUCACCAAUGACCUCACUGCACGACGACUUCUACAUAUCAAAGGGAGAAGAGUGGUCAGGGCUACAGAGGUUCCCUUUGGUUGGUCCAGUUUCAAUACCGGAGAUUGUUUCAUCAUUGAUGUUGGAGCUGAAAUUUACCAAUGGUGCGGGGAGAAAUGCAACAAGUUUGAACGCACUAAAGCAGCGCAGCUCGCAAACGGCAUUCGCAGCAAUGAAAGGAAAGGCAGAGCCAAACUCAUCGUGGUGGAAGACGGAAACGAGAGCAGCGAUCUCAUCAAGAUUUUAGGUCCAAAGCCCAAGUUACCUGAAGGCGAGGAGGACGCGGACCAUGCUGCUGAUGUCACACAUAGGGGGAAGGCAAAGUUGCACAUGGUGUCAGAUGAAAGCGGAUCCAUGCAGAUCACCACGGUGUCAGAGGAAAGCCCCUUCUCCAUGUCCAUGCUGCUGACCGAAGAAUGCUUCAUCCUCUAUGGGGGAGACAAGGUGUUUGUAUGGAAAGGCAAAAAGUCUAACAAAGAAGAGAAAAAGAUGGCUCUGAAGACUGCAGAAGAUUACCUGAAGAAGAUGAAUUUGGCUGCCAAUACUCAGAUCACAGUCCUGCCGGAGGGGGGAGAGACCCCAAUGUUCAAACAGUAUUUUAAAGACUGGAAAGAUAAAGAGCAAAGUCAAGGCUUCGGGAAAGUGGUGACCCAUGGGAAGAUUGCAAACAUAAAGCAAACUGCAUUUGAUGCAAAAUUGCUGCACACCUCGGCAAAAAUGGCUGCAAAGUACAACAUGAUGGAUGAUGGAUCCGGAAAAGUUGAGAUUUGGCGAGUUGAAUCCACUGGUAGAGUUUCUGUAGACCCGGAGACCUAUGGACAGUUCUAUGGGGGGGAUUGUUACAUCAUUCUAUACAGUUCGGCUAAAGGAACAGUGAUCUAUAAUUGGCAGGGGAAUCAUUCCACAAAAGACGAGAUCACAAUGUCCGCCUUCCUCACGGUGCAGCUGGAUCGCUCCAUCAAGGCCGGCGCCACUCACACUCGAGUAUCUCAAGGAAAAGAGCCACCCCAUCUCCUGGCCAUAUUCAAAGACAAGCCGCUCAUCGUCUUCAAAGACGGCACGUCCAGGAAGGGCGGCCAGACUCCUCCUCGCCCCGUACGUUUAUUCCAAGUCAGGAAGAACUUGGGAUCCAUUACCAGGAUAAAUGAGGUUGACGUUGACGCCAGCUCACUCAAUUCCAAUGAUGCUUUUGUACUAAAACUUGCAAAUAACUCGGCCAUUAUGUGGCUUGGGAAGGGGGCAAAUGAGGAGGAAAUAAAAGGCACAGAAUACCUGGUGAAAACCAUGAAGUGGAAUGGGACGAAAGUGGAAGAAGGCAAAGAACCAGAUGCGUUCUGGUCGACCCUGGGCGGUAAAAAGGAAUAUCAGACGUCUCCCCUACUAGAGAGCCAACUGGACGAUCACCCACCGAAACUGUUCGGGUGCUCCAACAGAACCGGAAGAUUUCUGGUUGAAGAAGUUCUGGGGGAGUUCACACAAGAAGACCUUGCCGAGGAUGACGUCAUGAUGCUGGACACCUGGGAACAGAUAUUUUUGUGGGUUGGAAUUGAUUCCAACGACAUAGAGAAGAAGGAGUCACAGGUAGCAGCCAAACGCUAUCUCGAGAGCGAUCCGUCCGGGAGAGACAGAAACAUCCCCAUCACCGUCGUCAAGCAAGGACACGAGCCGCCAACAUUCACCGGAUGGUUUUUGGCUUGGGAUUCCAAGAAGUGGCAAAAGUGAGAAGCGAAGGACAAUUUCCGUGGACAUUUUGGACAAAUUUUAUACCUCAUCCAUCAGUCAUCGCUGGGUUAACGUUGGGAUCAUUCUUACUGUUUCCGACCAUCAGAUGCUAUUGUUGAAAUGUUUGUAACAUUAUGAGAGGAGGCUAAUGGUGUUGAGCGCGAAUAUUCGAAAUGCAAAUAUUUACGGCGAAUAUCGGCACUUUGUGAAUAUUUAGAAUAUAGUGAUAUAUAUUCAUAAGAUAUGAGAAUUUAUGCAAAUGUACGCAAAUAUUUAUGCAAAUAUUGGGACUUCCAGACUGGACACCGAUCUCUCCCUUCUUUUAGGUGAAAGAUAUAAUUGCGCAUGCGCACUGUGCAAACUUCAUUACGAAUUAUCGCAUGAAAAAAAUAAAACGAACAUAGCGAAUAUGCAAAUUUGGCGAAUAUAGGACAAAUAUCUGUCCAUAUAUUAGCGAAAUAUCGCGAAUUCGAAUAUGCCCCCUGCCACUCAUCACUAGUUGCUAAGCGACAAUGUAACUGAAAUCACUUUAUAAGAGAACUGCCUGGUACGACUCUACAACAUGGUGGCUCCACCAUGAUGUUCUCCAGAACCUGUUAUGCCAAAUAUUACAAUAGACCCUUUACCGAGAUAUAGGGACUAGAGAUG